CACUCUUGCUCCUGCUUGCUUGCUUUUUUUGUGUUUGAACUCUUUUGUGUGGUAUGGGGAUGCACUGUUUGGGUUUUUUCUUUGAUACUUUCGACUUAAAAGUUUUUCCUCCUUGAGCUCAAUGGAAGCAGUGGCUGAUCAGCACCAAUAAAGAGUUUUGCUCAUUCUCAUCCAGUUUUUCAGGGCGCAAAUUUUGAAAAUAUAAACAAGAUUAAUCACUCAAGGCUUGUGGGAGGAGAGGAGAGAGGAAUGUGGUUAUGUACACUAUGAUGUUCGCUCCCUGCUCAGUAAUUCAAGAGAAGCUUUGCACUGAGAGAAAUCAAGGAACGCUACACUCCUUCUCAGCAGUGUGGAUUACAUUAAUAGUUAUAAGUAUUAGUUUAAAUAGGACAAAAACUGACUUGUAAGGAAUGGAUCAAGGAGAACAUGAAGCAAUUACCCAGCUUCAAAAUUCCACACUUGCACCACCUACAAUGUUCAACUCAUCAGACUGGCAUCUUAUUCAUUCUAUUGUUCCUCCGUAUAUAUUUAUUGUGUGUUUGGCUGGGAUUCUGGGCAAUGCUUUUGUAUUGUUCGUGUUCUUCUUCCAGAGGGGCAAGUGGACUGUGCCUGAGAUCUAUCUGGGAAACCUGGCUCUAGCUGACCUGAUCCUGCUGGCCUGUUUACCAUUUUGGGCCAUGAACAUCCUCAAUCACUUCUACUGGCCAUACGGAGAGUUUUUGUGUAAAGUUGUCAAUCUCUCCAUUAUUGUUAACAUGUAUGCUAGCAUUUAUAUGCUGGUGAUGGUGAACUUAGAUCGCUACCUUGCACUAGUGCUUAUUAUGAAAGCCAGAUGGCUAAGGAGAAGACGAAAUGCAAAGGUCAUGUGCUUUUGUCUCUGGCUUUUUGGAGUGAUCAUGGGCAUACCCACUGCUGCUUUCAGGAGCGUGCAGGACAUCCCAAGUUUUCAGAGAGCAGUCUGCAUUAUUCAUUACCCUUUUGACUCCUGGAAACUUGCCCACCAUCUUCAACUGGUCCUGCUGGGCUUUGCUCUUCCUCUCCUGGUGAUUGUCUUCUGUAGUUGUAAUAUUUUGUGGGUCCUUCACAAAAGAAUGGAUGGUGUUAUUCCACAGAAUAAAAAUGACAGAAAGGCCACAGUGCUAGUAUCUGCUGUGACCCUGUUUUUCUUCAUUUGUUGGGCUCCAUUCCAUAUUUUCACCGCCCUGGAUAUACUUUGUGACCUCAACAUCCUGGAUCGGGAUGCCUGGGAUCAUAUCUUAGAUGUCGGAAACCAAUUUACCACAUACUUAGCGUUUUUGAACAGCUGUCUUAAUCCACUGCUUUAUGUAUGCAGUGGCCAAUACUUCAAGAGGAAAGUCAUUGAUAUCUAUAAAAGAAGAAAGAGCUCAACUGGGUCAGUGGCCAGCACGUUACAACGUUCAGUUAUAUCAACAAGGAGUGAUCAAAUAAAAACAGCUGUUUUGUAGAGCUGAAAUAUGUGCAUAUUGUUUGUGUGUGUAUGCGUGUGUGUGCUUGUGUGUGCUUGUGUGUGGGUGUGAAUGUCUGCAUGUGCAUGUGCGUGUGUGUGUGUGUGUGUGUGUGUGUGUGUGUGUGUGUGUGUGUGUGUGUGUGUGUGUGUGUGUGUGUGUGUGGGUGUGGUUGUGUUUGUGUGCGUAUGUUUUACAUUCGCCAGUUAACAAAUUUAGUGGUAGAAAUCAGCACUGUACUGCAUGUUUCAGGCACAAAUGAUUAUAAUCAAUAACCAGCUGAGUGUUCUGGAUAUACUCAAGCAUUUUCAUGUAUAUAUAACAGCACUUCUGCGUACUUGUAAACAGUGAAUAAACAGCUACCAUACAAGGCAGUCUGUUAGAGGUUUCUAACAGUACUGCUGUUUUGUGUUGACCUUGUGUUGACCCAUGCACCACCCAUUUAAUAUGUUAAUAUGUUAUGAGCCUUAUUGUUUAUGGAAGUUUCCUUCCCUAAAGGAACAUUAAGUCAUAAUGUUAUGUACACUACCGAAUAUGGAUUUUAGUCGUUUGACAAUGUAUUUACUAAUGAAUUCUCAUUUAUUCGUCUUGUUAUGAAGCAGGUUGGAAAAAGAGCUGAGUAUAUGUAACCACAUAGAUUUGCUUUUUGAAAAAUAAAAGUCUCUUCUGCAA